CGACGAUUCAACUUCAUAUUACUCACCACCACUAGCAUCACGACCUAUGGCCACUCCCAAUAUCGAUACCGGAAGAAUGCUUGAGAAGGCUGUUCAUGAACCUGAUGGACCGCUUCCUAUUCGACGUCUGCAAGAAUCGUUGAUAAAUCGAAUUGCUGCAGGAGAGGUAAUUCAUAGGCCAGCAUCUGCCCUGAAGGAGCUGGUAGAGAACUGUCUCGAUGCGGGGUCGACGUCAAUACGAGUCACGGUGAAAGACGGUGGCAUGAAGCUUCUACAGAUCCAAGACAAUGGGUGCGGCAUUCGUAGAGCAGACCUGCCGAUUCUGGCGGAGCGGUUCACGACGUCCAAGCUGUCUACCUUUUCCGACUUGUCCAGGAUUUCCACGUAUGGCUUCCGGGGAGAAGCCCUCGCUUCCAUUUCUCAUGUUGCUCAUUUGACCGUCGUGACCAAGACGAAGACAGAGACAUGUGCAUGGAAAGCUUCCUAUUCUGACGGAAAACUCGCAGAGACGCAUCCAGGGCAAACUUCUGAUCCUAAGCCUUGUGCUGGAAAUGAUGGGACCACUAUCACCAUAGAGGAUCUCUUCUACAAUAUGCCCACUCGGUUAUCUGCCCUUCGAAGUGCGUCGGAGGAGUAUUCUCGGAUCCUUGACGUGUUAACCAAGUAUGCUAUUCACAACCCCAACGUUUCGUUCGUUUGCAAGAAGGCAGGCUCCGCCGCGCCGGACUUAUCAACUCCCUCUUCUUCUUCAACGCCUCGAGCCAUACGGAUGCUCUAUGGCCACUCCAUUUCCAAAGAGCUGCUUCACUCUGAAGUCUCAAACAGCGAUGACGAUGGUGGUUCAGAGUCCUGGUCUGCCGAAGCACACUUCACAAAUGCCAACUAUCAGGCGAAGAGAAUUAUGUUCUUGCUUUUUAUCAACCAUCGACUCGUGGAAUCAUCUCGGAUGAAACGCGCACUUGAGGGUGUUUACAAUGGCAUCUUACCCAAGGGGUCUUUCCCUUUCAUAUAUCUAAGUUUAACCAUUGAUCCGCGGUCAGUGGAUGUUAACGUGCAUCCCACAAAAAAAGAGGUGUAUUUCCUGAAUGAGGAAGCUAUUGUCGAACGCAUUUGCGAUGCAUUGUUGCAAACACUUACCGCGAAGAAUCAUUCACGAGUAUUUGAAUAUCAAACCCUGCUUACCGGCGGAGUAUCGGACAGCCAUAAUCAGGUCAUUUCUAAGAAUGGCAAAGGAAAGGAACGCGAAGUUGACCCAGAGACUGAAGAAGCGGAGGAGAAUGCACUAUCAUCAACUCAGGCAGAAUCUCGGAAAAAGACAUACUCUCACAGUAAAGUUCGCACGUCCCUACAGGAUCGAACUCUGGAUUCAAUGUUCCCAAUCAUAAAUCCCGGCCAAAUAGAGGGCCCUUCUGGUACUGCUGAAAAUGUGUUGUCACCGGGAAUGACAAAGACGCGGGGGAUUAAAGAAUCGGAAUGUAUUCUGACUUCUGUUCAGAAUCUAAGACAUAGUGUGGGCAAAGGGAAACACCGACUUCUCACUGAAAUUCUUGAGAAACACAUAUUUGUUGGUAUUGUCGAUCUUAACCGGUGCCUUUCUCUAGUCCAGCACUCGACUAAAUUAUAUCUUGUUAACCAUGCGGCUCUUGCGGAAGAACUAUUUUUCCAGCUGGCGCUCCGUCAAUUCGGCGAUAUGGCUAAAUUAAAGCUGGAACCGCCGCCGCCUCUUCGAAAGCUGGUACAGAUUGCCGUAGACGCAGAAGAUACAACGGAGGAUUCGAAAUUGACGAAAACUCAGAUUGUUGAUCGGAUAGUCGAUAUUCUCGUGACACGGCGAGAUAUGUUAGCGGAGUAUUUUUCCCUUGAUAUAUCACCCGACGGCUUGGUUGAGAGUCUGCCCCUUUUGCUUCGAGAUUACACGCCCAAUCUGGACAAAGUCCCCUACUUUCUCAUGCGCCUUGGUCCGCAGGUGAACUGGACAGCCGAGAAGGAAUGCUUCGAGUCUUUCCUUCGUGAAUUAGCGUAUUUCUAUGUUCCUGGACCAGCGCCAUGCUUUGACCCAGCCGCGACAAAAACGGACGAGCAAGAGGCGCAAGACAAGGCUGAACGAUGGCAGAUCCAGCACAUCCUUUUCCCUGCAAUGAGGCGCUAUUUAAUCGCCCCAAAAUCUUUGUUGGAACGAGACGUGGUUCAAAUUGCUGAUCUGCCUAAUCUCUACAAGGUGUUUGAGCGUUGUUAGAUAGUUCUAUAUUUUAUACGCAAAAUACAAAGUACAUUCUAUUAUUGUCAAUAACCAACCAAAGUGCGUAAUGUAAUAAUGCCAGUAAUGUCCUG